CGCUGUAAAAAGUUGUCUCCGACCGCCGCCCACCAGACGCCGCCGAGGCGAAUUAUCUACGCCCUCGUUUGUUCAUAGCACCCCUUCGGCAGCGUAACAAGGACGCCAGCGGGUCACGCUGCGACUGGCGAAACGAAACUCGGUCUAUAACUGCCGCACGAAAAAUUAUUCGUUCCGGACCGUUUCCAGACAAUGAAGCAAUCGAACAGCUGGCUCUCCGGCUUGUGGAGAGCCGCCGACAUGGCGUCGCGAAGCGCAUCCCCGGCGAGCGCCGACGACGAGCGCCACGCCGUCGUGUCCAACCCGCCGAGCCCGACGCAACUCACGGGGCUCGUAGCGGCCGAGGCCAAGUCCCACCGAAGGCAACAUAGCGACCAAUCCCGCUUCGCGAGGCCGGCGAAGAAGAACGUGCGGCGGGCUCGAGUGGUGGAGCCCGAGACGGACGAGGAGUACACCGCGUCUGAAGAUUGGAGAAGAGACUGCCGCGCCGUGGCCGUGCUCGGCCAGGGGUCCUUCGGGCGGGUCCACCUCGUGACCUUCCAGGGCGGCAAGUUCGCCCUGAAAUCCGUCGCUGUCGCUAGUCUCACAACACCGAAGAAGCGCGAACACGCGCGGUCGGAACGAGUAGCUCUGGCUUUGCUGCGAGGCCACCCCAACAUCCUGCGGAUGCACGCGGCCUGGACGGCGCCGGGAGCUCUACACUUAGCUACGGAAUGCGCCUGGGGCGGGGAGUUGUUCAGACACUUGCAGAGAAGGAAGCGCUUUGCUGCCGCGGAGACGAGGUUCAUCAUCGCGGAGCUAGCUGCCGCAUUAGUACACGCGCAUAAACACAAGGUCGCUUACCGCGACGUGAAGCCGGAGAACGUGCUCUUUGGCGGCACGGGCCACGUGUUAUUGGCGGACUUUGGCCUUAGUAAAAUCGUCUCCAUAGACGACAAGGACUUUCCCACCAAAGGAUGCAUUUCUUUAUGCGGCACGCCGGAGUACAUGGCGCCCGAAGUUUUAGAUAGGGCGCCAUACGGCGGGAGCGUCGACUGGUGCGUGCUCCGCGUCCUUAUGUAUACAUUUGUAUGUACUGCAAGUAUUUAUACGUAUUUUUAUGUAUUCAACGUGGCGCGGCGACGGCGUUCGGCUCAUGGCUACGCCCACCUUACGCCAUCGACGAUGUAUGCGUAUGUUUACAUACAUAUAAAUUUUUUGUAUUCACAGGUGGGCGCUCGGGAUGCUAUCUGCCGAGCUCCUCACGGGCCUGCCGCCCUGGUACACGGAGGACCGCGUCGAGCUGUUCCGUAGGAUCCGGCGGGCGCCGCUCGAACCGAGGCACUUGGUCUGUCGGGAUCCUCGCGCGCGCAGAGACCCUCUGCAGCGCGACACGGCGUUACUGGUUGAAAGGUUGUUGCGACGGGACGCGACGCAGCGCCCCUCCGACGCGGACAUCAAAAAUGAUCGCUACUUCGCCUUCUGUGGUGGCUUGGAGGACCUGCCGAGCAUGGAGCCGCCGUUCAAUCCCUCUUCAUCAGAUGCGGACCCGGGUCCUGCGUUCCACGACCGCGUGUCGAACGAGCGGGCGCCUUCCCGUCGAAGGUGCGCGCCGCUGUCGGAGGUCGCUGCGGUCGCGCGGAACUUUGAAGCUUCCGAUUCUGUCAGCUUGACCGCGGACGCCGUCGCGCUUGAUGUGGCUGCUGCUGCGGCGCCGCCACCUCCUCCUCCCGACGGGGCACCCGGCUCACCCGGCGUGCAGUCGCCGCAGUUCCCGGGAUGGGUUUAUCCGUAGUCGCUCGUCGUUUUAACUUAGUGGUUUCGU